AUGAAGUUCACAAUCCUCGCCGCCGCAUUUGUCGCUCUCGUCGCCUCCACCUCCUCGGCCCAAGCAGACCCCUCGACAUGCACCCUGUGCCUCCAAGAAUCCCUCAUGCAGCUUCCCGCCUGCGCUAAUGUCGAGGCGACCGCCGGUUCGGUCUCGCCCGCCUAUGCAGCCUGCCUCUGCUCGUCCCUCAGUGGCUCUUGGAUCGACUCUUGUGCCACCGCUGACAAGUGCGGCUCUGCCAUCUCUGCCUUCAAGAGCUCGUAUGCCCCCAAUAUGAAGGAUGCUGGAUUGACCUGUGGCUCCAAUGGUCAGGCUUCCUUCACUCCCGCCUCUGCUUAA